UGGACUUCGUGCGCUGGCUGUGCGCCGUGUCCAGGGACGAGCUGGCCUGCCCGCACCACCCCCGCAUGUUCAGCCUGCAGAAGAUCGUGGAGAUCUCCUACUACAACAUGAACCGCAUCCGGCUGCAGUGGUCUCGCAUCUGGCACGUCAUUGGGGACCACUUCAACAAGGUUGGGUGUAACCCUAAUGAAGAUGUUGCCAUCUUUGCUGUAGACUCAUUAAGGCAGCUGUCAAUGAAAUUCCUAGAGAAGGGAGAGUUAGCCAACUUCCGCUUCCAGAAAGACUUCCUGAGGCCUUUUGAGCACAUCAUGAAGAAAAACAGGUCCCCGACCAUCCGGGACAUGGUGAUACGCUGCAUUGCCCAGAUGGUGAACUCCCAGGCUGGGAACAUUCGUUCAGGCUGGAAAAAUAUCUUUGCAGUCUUUCACCAAGCGGCGUCAGACCACGACGGGAACAUCGUGGAGUUGGCCUUUCAGACUACGGCACACAUCGUCACAAAUAUUUUCCAGCAGCAUUUCCCAGCAGCGAUUGACUCGUUCCAGGAUGCAGUGAAAUGCCUCUCUGAGUUUGCCUGCAACGUUGCCUUCCCAGACACGAGCAUGGAGGCAAUCAGGCUGAUCCGCUACUGCGCCAGAUACGUCUCAGAGAGGCCCCAGGUAUUAAGAGAAUACACAAGUGAUGACAUGAAUGUGGCUCCUGGAGACAGAGUCUGGGUCAGAGGAUGGUUCCCCAUUUUAUUUGAGCUUUCUUGUAUCAUCAAUCGUUGCAAAUUAGAUGUUCGAACAAGAGGCUUGACAGUGAUGUUUGAGAUCAUGAAGAGCUAUGGGCACACCUUUGAGAAGCACUGGUGGCAGGAUCUGUUCAGAAUCGUGUUUCGCAUCUUUGAUAACAUGAAACUGCCUGAACAGCAAACGGAGAAGUCGGAGUGGAUGACCACGACGUGCAACCAUGCACUUUAUGCCAUCUGUGAUGUGUUCACACAGUUCUAUGAAGCUUUGCAUGAGAUCCUCCUUCCUGACAUACUUGCACAGCUACACUGGUGUGUAAAACAAGACAAUGAGCAGUUGGCACGAUCAGGUACAAACUGCCUCGAAAACCUGGUGAUACUCAACGGGCAGAAGUUCAGCCCUGAAGUCUGGGGCCAGACGUGCAACUGUAUGCUGGAAAUCUUCAAAACUACUAUUCCUCACGUUUUGCUGACGUGGAGGCCUGUGGGGAUGGAGGAAGAUUCCAGUGAAAAACACUUGGAUUUGGACCUCGAUCGCCAGUCUUUAAGCAGCAUAGACAAAAAUGCUUCUGAACGAGGCCAAAGUCAGUAUUCAAAUCCAACAGAUGAGAGCUGGAAAGGUGCUCCUUAUACAAACCAGAAGCUGUUUGCUGGGCUCCUCAUCAAGUGUGUGGUACAGCUGGAGCUGAUACAGACCAUUGACAACAUAGUGUUCUAUCCAGCCACAAGCAAGAAGGAAGAUGCUGAGCACAUGGCUGCAGCUCAGCGGGAUGCACUGGAUGCAGAUAUCCACAUUGACACAGAAGACCAAGGAAUGUAUAAAUAUAUGUCUUCGCCUCACCUCUUUAAGCUGCUGGAUUGUCUGCAAGAGUCUCACUCGUUUUCAAAGGCCUUUAAUUCAAACUAUGAGCAGAGGACUGUGUUGUGGAGAGCAGGGUUCAAGGGCAAAUCAAAGCCCAACCUGCUGAAGCAAGAGACCAGCAGCCUGGCAUGCUGCCUGCGGAUCCUGUUCCGCAUGUGGGUGGACGAGAGCCGGCGGGACGCGUGGGACGCCGUGCAGCGGCGCCUGCUCAGUGUGUGCAGCGAAGCCUUGGCCUAUUUCAUUACUGUCAACUCAGAAAGCCACAGAGAAGCCUGGACCAAUCUCCUGCUGCUGCUGCUAACAAAGACACUAAAGAUCAGUGAUGACAAGUUCAGGGCACAUGCUGCCACCUACUACCCGUACCUGUGUGAGAUCAUGCAGUUCGACCUGAUCCCGGAGCUGCGCGCGGUGCUGCGCAAGUUCUUCCUGCGCAUCGGAGUGGUCUUCAACAUCUGCACAGCAGAGGAGCAGGCACGGACAGCUGGGACCAGCCUGCCCUCCUGGUAG